AUCGAUUAAUCCAGUCCAAAGUUCUGAGGUAAAAUGGAGGCCUUUUUUGUCCUCAGAAAUACAACAGUCUUGUUCGCGGUCAUAGCGGUACACUGCCUGGACACUUAGCUGCGCAAAUAAGGUUAUUAUCAUUCAUCUCGCUGACAAGUGUUUGUACAAUAUAUGAGAUGUUUAUUAAAUCUCAUCAAUCGCGUAUUGCAUACUUAAACGUAUUCAAUAAAUACACUUAAUGAUCGUAGUACGGAAGCUACACUCGGAAAACAAAAUACUAAGUUUUGUUGUAACAAAAACGUUGACAGAUUUUUCUGGAGCUUUAAAAAUAGAUUUAAAGAACGACUCAGACGUGUUCCUACCUCCGGGACCGCUGGUCGUGAAUUAAUGUCAAUUUGUUUACUUCCCGCUCUCACACCGAGCUCGACGCAGUCACACAUUGAGACCACGACCUGACUAUCACGCGACGAUACGCACCGAACAACACCAAAUAACCAGAAAUGUACGGAAACGUGCUCAUAUUAAUUGUUUCGUGGACUGCAGUAGACUGUACGAACUACCAACGAUACGCCGAGCCUGGUGAUGCUAGAUAUGCAACACCGCCAAGCUACAGUAGAUACAGUACAGUAGCGAACCCUUACAGCCAAUAUCCUUUACAAUCUGAGCAAGGGAGCAGGGCUUAUGGCCAGGGGUACUUGCAGACGGGACGCACUCAUGCGAACAACAACAGGAACGACGUUGGAGAUCACUGCGUGAACCGUUCUCCUCAGCAAGGGAUCUCGAUCGAGAGCCUGAUGGGCAUGUGGUACGGAGUGGACUAUCUGCAACACGUGGUUGAUGAUUCCAGUGAUGACUACCCGAACACCUGCCUUUUAAUACACAUAUCGGAGCCCAAGGAGAAGAACAUGAAGUUCUCUUAUCGAGUUCUUCCAUAUAUCUUAUUUCUGAUUACAUCAGCGUGUGCUGAAGAACUUGAUUCCAACCGUUCUGAGGAAAGCACUAUUAGCAGUGUUACCUGCGUACGUGAUAACCUAUACGAUCACUUGGACAUUAAAGAAGUGUCGGGAGAGUGGAAAGUGCGCACGGUAUACAUGCACCUUAGUUCCGAAGGGGUUACCACGUAUAAUACCUAUACCAUCGUCACGAUCCGGGAGGAGGACCACUUCCCCUCUACUGGAUACGGGCCAUCUAUUGAGACGAAGUACCACGUAAAGGAAAACAACGCGAUAUUCUGGCGGGAGAACCGGCGUCUGCGGGUGCUGUGGGAGGAGGCAGGCCUCACCAUCGACUACUCACUCUACUUCCGGAAUGAAUCCGCCGGCUACUGGCGGGUCUCCGAUAAACAAAACGGAGGCAUAGAACAACCAAGAUAUCAGCUGUUCAGCGGCAGUAUUCAAGUGCUGAAAGCCACCAACGACCUUCUGCUCUUGAACUUCUGUCAAGAAUCAGUGGAGGGGAAGCCACCGCAUUUGUACUCUGUCUUAUUGUCCCGCAAGACUAGUCUGAUAGCAGAAGAGGAACUCAACUCUGUCCACGAGCUUUUACAGAACAAGAAUCUCUCCGUUGCUUCAAGAAGAAUUGUAUGCAAAAGUAGUGCUGACAGAUCUGGAGUCAGCUCAACCUCAUCUUUCAUCCUCCUAUUAUUAGCUUACACAAUGCGGUGCUGA